UUGGUUAAUUCCUCUACAAUGAAAAGCGAGGGAAUGAAUUGCUAGCAAAACGUCGAAGACAAUUAGGUGUAAAUUGCACGUGUGUUUUGGCUUUAUAAUUAAUGAAUUACCUGUAUUCAUCGGCUGAUUUUUUAAUUCAUAAACUUGAAACCCAUUUUAAGUCAUGGGGGCAUACCUAUCUGAGCCAAAUCUAGUGAAAACUUCAGAGGAAGGCAAGACCGAAAGGUUUACUUUCGGUGUCAGUUCUAUGCAAGGUUGGAGGUUAGCACAGGAGGAUUCUCAUAACUGUAUAGAAGAACUUGAUGAAAAUACAUCAUUAUUUGGUGUAUAUGAUGGCCAUGGAGGAGCGGAGGUAGCUCAGUACUGUUCCCAGCACUUGCCAGAAUUCAUUAAGCAAAAUAAGUCGUACAAAGAAGGUGAUGUAGAAAAAGGACUCAUCUCUGCUUUCUUAGAAUUUGAUAAACAUCUCACAGAGAAAAAAGUAAUCACUGAGUUGAAAAAGAUGGCCGGGCUGGAGGAUCCUGAAGAGGAAGAUGACGAAGAGACUGAGCUUUUAAAUGAAGAAGCAAGCAUGCCAAUAGCGGACCUUCUAGCAAGAUUUGGCCAGGCUCCCAGUAGUAUUAGAUCAAUAAGGAAAAAGGCUGACAAAAAAGACUUACUUUCACCCAUGAUUCGUAAAACACAGCCCCGUUUCCCUAGCAAUGGUUCCAAUGAGCCAGACAUUGAGGAGGAGAGUGAAGAAAAAGAGGGCGAAAAAAAUAUUAAAAAUGAUAAAAUAAGUGCAAAAUUAGAAAUGGAUGAUUCAGAUGUUCCCAAGGAACAAAAUGGAAAAGGAGAUGGAAAUGUUAAUGGUGAUGUGAUAGAAAAUGGAGACAUUAAGGAAACGGAGGAAGAUGAAGAGACAAAAGAUGAUUCAAAUAAUGAAGUAACAAAUAAUGAAGAAAACCAACAAACAAGUUCAUCUAGUAGUGAUAUAAAAAAUACAGAAAGAAGAGAUGUUGUGUUAGAUGACGUUGAUUCUGAAGAUGACGAUGAGGAAGAAUAUGAUGCUGAAGAAGAUGAGGAAGAUGAUGAUGACGAGGAGGAGGAGGAUGAAGAUGAAGAAGAUGAGGAAGAAGAUGAAGAAGAAAAGGAAGUGUCUGGUAGUAAUGUGGAGGACUAUGGGUUUCCAGGACGAGAAGAGCCUGGUAGUGACAGUGGCUGCACAGCAGUGGUGGCAAUACUACGCGAUAAUGAACUGGUGGUUGCUAACGCAGGUGAUUCGCGUUGUGUGUUAUCACGUGGUAGCAAUGCUCUUGAUCUCUCGUUGGACCACAAACCCGAAGACGACGAGGAAUUGGAGAGAAUUGUUUACGCUGGCGGCAAAGUGACUGAAGACGGCCGUGUUAAUGGUGGGCUUAACUUAUCCCGAGCUCUAGGUGAUCAUUGUUAUAAACAAAAUAAAUCAUUAGCAUUAGAGAAACAAAUGAUAUCUCCAUUGCCUGACAUCAGGAAAGUAACACUACAAGCGGAGGACAGCUUUUUCAUUUUAGCCUGUGAUGGUAUCUGGAAUGUACUGUCAAGUCAGGAGGUUGUAGAUUUUGUGAGCGAACGUCUGAAUCAAGAUCAUCCUGAAGGAGGAACAUGGACCCUGACCGCUAUCAUUGAAGAGUUGUUUGAUGCUUGUUUGGCACCAGACACAUCAGGGGAUGGAACAGGAUGUGACAACAUGACGUGCAUCAUUGUACAGCUUAAUCAUGACAACACAGUCACCAUUGCCUCCAAGAAACGUAAAGUCUCCGAGUCAGAAGAUAGUGACUGUAAACGGGUGUGCAAGGAAUGAAAACUUCCAACGUAAAAAUACCUUUUAGAAGAUCUGUUAUUUAAAGGUGGGGCUGCACUACCUUUGUUCGUUAGUGGGAAAAUGCUUAAGUGCAUUGUGAAUUAUUUUUUUAAUACUAAUAGUAGGCAAUAUGCUAACUGUUAAACAGUCAAUUGGUAAUAUGUAUGUCAAAAAUGUAUGCCAAACACAUUAGAAUGUUACAUUCAACGAAUGCAUCCAUGUGUAUAUUAGAAUCCAUGCUGCAAUGUAACCAAUCACAGAGUAGAGAUCAGGAUGCUUACCUUUUAACGGGCAUAGAAGAAUGAAUACAGGCUCUAAUUAUGAAUUUAGAUCUUGGGAGCCACUUUAUUAACGGGAUCACAGUUUUAUAUUUAUAGAACAUAUAUCAGUCUGUUCAUCUUUACAAGAAAAUAUGUAGUGUACUGUACCUCGAGUAGAGUUUAUGCAAAUUUAUCAAAGCUGGUCUUUUUAAAGGUGUUGUCCAUCAAUGCUGGUAUCAUUUCAGUAUGUUUCACUUGGUUUCCCAUCUAUUAAAACUAGGCUACUUCACAAGUGUGUCCAUCUAAGUUGGGCUACUUCACAACUGUGUCCAUCUAAGCUAGGUUACUUCACAAGGGUCUGUCAGAGCUAUUUUACUGCACUGCUGUGUCCACCAGAAGAAGUGAAUUUCCCUGGUUUGUUCUUCCUUUGGGGUUGAUCAAAGCUAAUCUACUUCUCUUUGCUGUUUAAAAUAGCUAAUAUAAUAAUGCAAAAUGUAUCUAGUUAUUCUUUCCAACAAGAAAUGGCCAAGUUCACUGGCUGUUCUAACUUAGCCUACUCUACUGGGCUGACUCAGGUACAGAAUGGUGUGCGUGUGUGGGUGUAUGUUGGGGCCGUCAAUAUUUGGACAUAUUGUAGCUGAAUAAAGCUGUUAGAUUAUUGUACUGUAUAGGAGUCUUUGAAAUGAUCUAUAUCUCAGGGCUGUACAUCAUGUAGUAAGCUGGCAGUGAAUACAUACCAAGUAAGAGUUAAUAUGGUUCUUAUAUAUUUUUAAAAGUUAUUAUUUCACAGAAAUAUUACAAUAAUAAUGAACAAUUUUGUACGCCACUGUCCAGUCCCACUAAGCCACACAGAAGCAAAUGGAGCCACAAAAUGCAAACACCACAUAAGAGUACAUACUUGAUUAAUAAUCAAUAAAAACUAAAUUUUCUAGCAAUACUUGCUGGUUUCUGUUUUAAUUUGAUCAUUCUUGGUAUAGGUUUCACCGCUAUAUUUCAGAAAGCAAUGCGUUUCAUGAGAGAUGGAAAUAAAAAACUGAAAAUUAUCAGUGAUAUAAUUUUUAUGUAAGACCACGGUUCCCUGUAGAUGUCAAUAAUGUAGCGGUAAGACCUAUGGCAAUCAAUUUUAACUAGACAGUUACAGUAUUGCAAUAAAAGUUAGUACAGUAGUUUAAUACUUUUGUGUGGUAAUAUUUAAUCAUAUUUUGCAGCUGUGUGGUCUGUGAGUGGUUCAGAUUGUUUCCAUUUUGAGUUUAGUAGGACUCUUAAUUUCUGUUAAUGUGAUAAUGAAUGUGCAUAGAGGCUUUUGGAAUACUACACUUUAGCAGACUGAUCAUUAAUAUUUGAUUUUGUUUUACCUUUUAUGUUUUGUUUUAAUUUAUUAAAGUGAGUUGCCACUUAAUCACAAAAAAAAGCAUGUUAAUGAUUUUGUUGAGCUAAUGAACAAUAAAAAUCCAAUAGGUCCAAGAGGACCCAAUAGUUUAAAAUACUGGAGGCUAGGCCAAGAAAAUUUAUUUUACAGAUGGAGGCUCAAAACUACCCCAGCCCUACCAUGGUUACAAAAUUUAUGUCUGGCACUUACAGAUGGCUGGUAAUGGCACUCUCAGACUAAAAUUUUGAAUAAGUUUGUUAAUUCUGUAUUUGAAGAUCAUAAAUGCACUCCUUAAUAAGAAUUAAGUUUCUCAUGUUUGCCAGAAUUCAUGCAGAUGAUAAUUAAAUAUGAAUGGAGUUGUUGCACUAGUGUAAAAUUCACUUAAGAUUUUCUUUUUUCUAUCCCUUGCGUGUAAAAUUAACACAAAAUAAACUAUCUCACUUCUAGAUUUUCAAAAGUUUUGUAAUCAAUAAUUUGACAAAACACUCAUUGUUUUAGACAUUGGACUAUGUGUAGUAUAGGCUACUCAUGGAUCACAUAAUAUACUACAGUAUUAUUUUUUCUAUUUCAGUAUGUAAUUAGGCAGUAUUUCUGUACGUAGUACAGUGUAUACUAUAGAACUUCCCUAGAACAUUAUAACAUUUCUGUCUUCCUCGUGUGUUGAUUCAUACACACAUUAUUGUUUGGAUUCUUUCUUUUACAUCCAUUUCUCUGUAUAAAGUAAAAUCACUGACAGUUUUGCACAAUUAAAUACAGUACAAGUUUUUUUUUUUAAUCUUGUACUUGCUUGUGUUAUAUGCAGCAUUGUUGCCCUUAAUGAUCAGAUGUCUCUAAUCCUUUAUUUCAGUGGUCACCUCUUCUUAUCUUGCUUCAGCUGUUUUCAUAUUUAAUUAAUUUUUAUUAUUUAUCUGUUUUUUCAUGUGCUUCCUAAUUAUUUUUUCUGUUAUAUGGGCAAAUAUUUAUUCUUGAGUUUACAAUGAAUAAUGUAUAUCUGAUGGUGUUAAUUUGUUGAAUUGCAUGAAAUUUAUAUAAUUUAUUCUAUGAGUUAUGUUGGUUUUGUAGCUUUUUGUUUUGUAGCUAAUCAAAACCCUAAAAUUGUAUAAACUAUGCAAUAAUUUUAUCAAUUAUUAUUUAAUAUAUAAUUAAUAUAUCUUAUUGCCUUUGUAUAAUCAUUGUUCUGUUAUUUUUAUGAUUAUUAUUUACAGUUAAUUUCUAGAUCGCAAAUGAAAGUUGCAAAGCGAAAAUUAGGAGAAGCAGUACAGAUGGGCGCUACAAGCAUGCAACUGUUUAAAUACCCAAGAUUAUUGUUGUAAACAUUGUUAUAAGAAGAAUGUUCGGACACAAAAGUCACUUAAUUGUCGCAUAAAGUGUUUUUCAUUCUGGUCUGUAUUGAAGAUAUACUGCCAUCCAAAGAUUGGGAAUAAAAACUUCAAAAAUUAAAAUAAGAAUUUGAAUUCCUCGUUUAAAACAUUCUCAUAAACCUUCAGAUUCCAGAUUAUUGUAUGAGAAAAACUUUUCAAUACAGAAAUCUUAAAAUCCUUCUGUGAGAUGUAUAGGAAUGAUAUUAUUCAAGUCUAUUGAUUGUCGAAGACAAAUCUUUUUUUUUUUGUUCUACUGUACUUUUCUGUUCAAAGGUAUUAACUUAUUGAAAUGAAAAAUGAAUUUUUAUAAAAACAGUUCAUAUUUGGUUUAGGUGGCUGUAUAUCUUUAAAUACUGUUGAAAUUAAAAUGAAUUGUAUUAUCUGAUAAUACAUAA